AUGGUUACUGUUUGGCGAAGUUUAAAAGCUUGCCCGGAAGAACUAAGGUUGGAUACAACAUUAAAAUGCGGACAAUCUUUCCGUUGGAAAGUGUCGGGUGAAAAUGAAUGGUCAUGUGCUUUCAAAGGAAGGCUUAUCUCUUUGAGACAAACAGCUGAUAAAAAUUUUGCAAAGGUGGCUGAUCGAUUCCAAGGUGUAAGAAUCCUAAGACAAGAUCCUGUCGAAAAUCUAAUUUGUUUUAUAUGUUCUACAAAUAACAACAUUGCUAGAAUUUCUAAAAUGAUAGAGAAAUUAUGUAAUCGAUAUGGUAACAAGGUUUAUACUUUGGAUGGCGAAGACUAUUAUGAUUUUCCAACAUUGGAUAAACUUGCUUCUGAUAAUAUUGAAAUGGAAUUACGUGAGUUGGGGUUUGGUUAUCGUGCUAAAUAUAUUGUACAAACAGUCAAUCACUUGGUGGAAAAAUGUUCUGGAGGCGAGGAGUGGUUGUAUUCUUUGCGAAACCUUGAUUACAGAAAUGCUCAUAAUGCUCUACUACAACUUUCCGGUGUUGGUCCAAAAGUUGCCGAUUGUGUGUGUUUAAUGUCUUUAGACAAGCAUAAUUCUAUACCUGUAGACACACAUGUAUGGCAGAUCGCCAAACGUGAUUAUGGCUUUGCUUCAAAAACUUCAAAAAACUUAACAAAUCGGUUGUACGAACUGGUUGGCGAUCAUUUUAGAAAUUUGUUUGGAGAUUAUAGUGGAUGGGCUCAUUCGGUUUUGUUCGCCGCGGAUCUUAAAAUGUUUGAGAAAAAACAACAAUAUGAUAACAAUAAUACUAGCAGCAACAAUUUGAAAACUAAAAAAAACAUUGCCAACAACAACGAAUCUACUUAUAAUAGUGUUGUUACGCUAACUUUAUCAUCAACAAAUGUCGAAGAAAAAUUGAACAAUAAUGAAUCACCUUCCAUUUCUAGAAAGAAACUUCGCAGUUCAGCUUGUUUGCCCAUUAUACCAAAUUUAAGUUGGAGGUAG